AGUUCUUUCAUGUUUGAAUUCUUGUUCUUUGAAUAGAAAACUAAAUAUUCAAAAUGGCUCAAUAUGCCCUGGAAGAAGUUACACUGCGAUGGGAUUUAACGCCAGAGGAAAUAGCCAACAAAACUAAGGAAGUCAUAGCAAAAUCCAAAAAAGUUUACGAUGCUGUUGGAUCGCUAAAGCCAGGAGAAGUGACUUCAGAGAACUGCUUGCAGGCGUUGGCAGACGACGAACGAGAAUUCAAUAGUAACAAAGCCGAGAUUGAAUUUCUUCAGCAUGUGUCUUCAGACAAAGAUGUGAGGGCCRCCAGUACAGAGGCUGAGAGAGUCAUUUCAGAAUUUGGUGUGGAAAUGAGCAUGAGAAAGGACAUCUUUGAUAACUUAGUAUCACUUCAGGAGAAAUGUGAGACAUCUUUAACUCCAGAAGGAAAGAGGGUCUUGGAAAGAUUGAUUAAAUUAGGAAAACGAAAUGGUCUUCAUUUGCCAAGCAAUGUACAAGAUGAAGUCAAAGAAAUCAAAAAGAAACAGAGUGAUCUGUCUAUCAAGUUUAGUAGCAACUUGAAUGAAGAAAACACAAAGUUGUCUUUUGAAUUGUCUGAUUUAGCUGGUCUUCCAGAAGAUUUCAUUAAAUCACUAGAAAAGCUAACAAACACUCCAAACAUUACAUCUACUUUUGUAGUUCUACUCAUAUUCCAACAUUUGGUUCAUCCACUCACUAAUUCAUGUUCAUUUCUUUUCGAGGUUGAGACAUUUUUCCAUGAGUUUGGUCAUGUAAUGCAUCAAAUUUGUGCUAUGGCAGACUAUGCUUUGUUCAGUGGUACAAGUGUUGAGAGAGACUUCGUUGAGGCUCCAUCUCAAAUGUUGGAAAACUGGUGUUGGGAGAAAGAGCCUUUAAGAAGAAUGUCAGCACAUUACAAAGAUGGAAGUGCUGUACCAGAUGAAAUGUUAGACAAGCUAAUAGCUUCUAGGAAUGCAAACGCUGGACUUUUCAACUCACGUCAGAUCGUACUUGGAACCUUUGAUCAAAAAAUCCACACAGCCUCAGAGCCAGUAGAUACUGCUAAAGUUUAUGCUGAGACGUCAGAGAAAAUUCUACAUAUACCAGCAACUCCAGGAACCAACAUGCCAGCGUCGUUUGGUCACUUAGCUGGUGGAUACGAUGCACAGUACUAUGGAUACCUGUGGAGUGAGGUGUUCUGUAUGGAUAUGUUUCACUCUCGCUUCAAGAAGGAAGGAAUAAUGAGCGCCAAAGUUGGCAUGGAUUACAGGAAGUACAUACUACAGCCAGGCGGCUCUAAGGACGCCAGUGAUAUGCUUAAAGACUUCCUUGGUCGUGAGCCCAACCAAGACGCCUUCCUGAUCAGCAAAGGCCUUCAAAUCUGAGCUAUUUUACCUGAGGUCGUAAUCAACAAGUCGCAUAAGUUGACUCUCCACAUUCACCGCUGGUGUAUUAUUAGUCAAUUUAUCAAAUUAAAAAAUCGUGAUAUUUA